CGGGGGGCUCCCCCCGCCGCCGGCCGCCGCCGUCAACGCACAACGUGGUGGCCGCCUCGCGCAGGCCGCGCACGGCGCCGCCUUCUGCCGCACCUCCUUCGUGUUGUUUCGACCGCCCCCGCCGCAGCCGCCCCCGCCGGCGCCAAGGACGCCCAAGCCGUGGACACGCGCCGCCGCGUCUACGAGUGCCACCACGAGGGGUGCGGCAAGAAUUACUUCAAGUCUUCCCACCUCAAGGCCCACAUGAGGACCCACACAGGCGAGAAGCCGUUCAUCUGCCAGUGGGAACGUUGCGGUCGCCGCUUCUCCCGCUCGGACGAGCUCUCCCGCCACAAACGCACCCACACGGGCGAGAAGAAGUUCGGCUGCUCCGUGUGCGCGCGCCGCUUCAUGCGCUCCGACCAUUUGGCCAAGCACGUGAAGCGCCACGCACGCGAGGCCGCGUCGGCCGCCCACGCCCACGCUCACGCCCACGCCCACGGCGUGGCGGCGGGCGGGGCGGGCCAGGGCGCCCUGGGCGCGCGGGCUCACGCCCCCGCCCACGGCCCCCGCGCGGGCUCCCAGCCACUUCAGCUCAGCCUUGUGCUGCCGCCCAACCUCCUGCGCCCCAUAGCGUCGUCAGCCAUGUAA